AUGAGAGACGUUAACGGUCCAAACAAGGUUGCUUUGAUCUUGGGAGCAAACGGCAUAACAGGCUCCUACCUCAUCGAGCAUCUGCUCGCUCAGCCCACCUCUUCCUGGAAGCAGAUCAUUGGCGUCUCGCGCAGAUUUCCAAACAAGACUUGGCUCUCGGAGGACUUGAAGUUCAUUCCAAGUCAAAUCUCUGAUGUCGAACAAGGCCGUGGACGCUUGACGUGGAUUUCGACCGAUCUUAACGAGGAAAGCUUGGACAGUAUCGUUGCUAAAUACCGAAAGGGUGGUGUCGAGAACGUUACCCAUGUGUUUUACUGUGCAUACGUGCUGAUUGAAGGAUGGCAAGGCGCUGAAGAACGAAAGGCAAACGCCAAGAUAUGCCAUCAAGGAGUGCAAGCUGCUGAUAUCGUGUCAACAAGAUUGGCUCGAGUCUUGCUCCAGACAGGUGGCAAAUUCUAUGGUGUACAUCGAGUCAAACGAGACCAGCCUCUUAUGGAAUCAGACGAACCUCAUCCAGCUGCUGACUUUUAUCUCGAUCAAAUUGAUUCAGUCAAGAGCUUGUCGCAGGGUAAACAAUGGGAUUGGGCAAUGACAAUUCCAGGCGGAAUCAUGGGCUUCACACGCCAAAGUCAAAUGAAUCUUGCUACCACGAUAAUGCUGUACUGUGCUCUUAAAGCACAUACUGGAGAGCCGUUGAUUUGGCCCGGAAAUGGGCGAGGGUUUGGUGCUCCGCGUGAUGAAACAGAUGUGGUGUAUCUGGCAGCAUUCAAUGUUUGGGCUGCAACAACUCCCAAGUGUGGUGGUGAAUACUUCAACGCUCUAAACUCUGACCCAUUCUCGUACGAACGUCUCUGGCCCUUAUUCGCCGCAUACUUUGGAGCCAAACUGCCUACUGAAAAGCAAACGUACCCUGCCGAACCUGCGCAUGUAAUGGAUUUGGAAGCUUAUUAUGGCAAAUCUGGUCUGGCAAAAAGUAUCUGGAAGGAUAUUGUUGCAAAGAAUCCGGAUGUGGAUCCGACAUCGAUAGAUUCAGCCACGUUCUGGUUUAUGGAUGUUUCGUUGCAUGGGAUGAGGAUACCUCUUACCUUCAACAACAACAAAGCCCGCAAGUUUGGCUGGACGGGCUACGCAGAUACCACCGAGAUGUUUCUACGUACAUUUGAACGUGCACGAAAAGCUGGAGCAAUUCAGAACGUUCCUGGGUUGAGAGCAAUCAAGAACGUGCAGGCUCCAAUUCGAGCUGUCAUGUAA